CACCAUCAAAAACCAAAACCAUUCCCAAUUUUUUCUUUUCAAAUUUCUCGCACUCUGAAAACAAAAAAGAAAAAGGCUUUGCAUCAUUUCUUCAUUUUCAAUUCUCAAUUACACUGCAAAAAAGUGCAAAAAUUCAAAAACAAACAACAUCACAGUGACUCGCUCUUUUGCUUCAUUAGCUUCCAAAGUUCUCAGAUCCACUCUGUAACUAACUACCCUUAACUCGAUCGAGUUACCGAGUCACGACUCAACCAGAUGCAACCAACACUAUCAUAGAAUCUUCCUCACAAUGCAGGCCACAUCGCCAUCGUCGUCGUCCAGCGCCGCUGCUACUGCCGCCACGCCGGAGGCCAUACUCGAAUGGCUGCACAAGGAGAUGGGAUACCGCCCUCUCGCCGGCGUAACCGCCGGCAAGUCGCACCUUCCGUCGGUGGAAUCGCUCCGACGGAUUUGCCGCGGGAACAUGAUCCCGGUCUGGAACUUCCUGAUUACGCGUGCGAAGUCGGAGAAGACUGUGCAGAAUAUCCGCCGGAACAUCACCGUGCACGGCGGUGACGGCCGCGGAGGAGGUGGGAGGGAGGAGGGGAAGGGGAAAGCUGGGGGAGCUGGAGGGAGAAGGAAGGAGAGGAUUUCCGGAGGGGAGGCGGAGACGAGGGAGGCGGCGUUGCAGGAGCGGGAGGCCGCGGAGAAGGAGGUUGAGAGGCUUAGGAACGCUGUGAGGAGGCAGAGGAAGGAUUUGAGGGCGAGGAUGCUUGAGGUUUCGAGAGAAGAGACCGAGAGGAAGAGGAUGCUUGAUGAACGCUCCAAUUAUAGGCACAAGCAAGUGAUGUUGGAGGCUUAUGAUAGACAGUGUGAAGAAGCUGCAAAAAUAUUUACCGAAUAUCAUAAACGUCUCUGUCACUAUGUAAAUCAAGCAUUGGAUGCUCAACGAUCAGGUCUUGAUUCUUCUGUUGAAGCAACCAACAGUUUUAGUGCUAAACAUGAGAAGGAAGCUGUUUAUUCUACUGUUAAGAGUGGUAAAUCUGCAGACGAUGUCAUUCUCAUUGAAACCACUAGGGAAAAGAAUAUUAGAAAGGCUUGUGAAUGUCUUGUAGCUUACAUGGUUGAUAAAAUACGGAAUUCUUUUCCUGCUUAUGAAGGAAGUGGCAUUCAUUCAAAUCCUCAGGCAGAAACAGUAAAGUUGGGGUUUGAUUUUGAUGGACAAAUUCCAGAAGAGGUUAGAACUAUAAUUUUAAAUUGCCUUAAGAGUCCACCUCAGCUGCUUCAGGCAAUUACUGCUUACACUUAUCGGCUGAAAAGUCUAAUCUCCAGAGAAAUAGAGAAAAUUGAUGUUAAAGCUGAUGCAGAGACCUUGAGGUACAAAUAUGAAAAUAACAUAGUGAUGGAUGUUUCCACUUCUGAUGGGAGCUCUCCUCUACAGUAUCAACUUUAUGGCAAUGGAAAGAUUGGAGUUGAUGUGCCUGCAGGAGGAAGUCAAAAUCAGCUUCUUGAGAGACAGAAAGCUCAUGUUCAGCAAUUUUUGGCUACCGAAGAUGCAUUAAACAAGGCUGCUGAGGCAAAGGACUUGUCCGAGAAACUUAUGAAACGUCUGUAUGGUGGCACUGAUGUUCCAUCACGCUCAAUUGGUAUUGGAAGCACGUCUCAGAAUGUUGGAAGUCUUAGGCAACUUGAGCUUGAUGUUUGGGCCAAGGAAAGAGAAGUUGCUGGUUUAAAGGCAAGCCUAAAUACCCUGAUGUCUGAAAUACAACGCCUGAAUAAGUUGUGCGCUGAGAGGAAGGAAGCUGAAGAUUCUCUGAAAAAAAAGUGGAAAAAGAUUGAAGAGUUCGAUGCUCGAAGAUCAGAACUUGAGACCAUAUAUACAGCAUUACUUAACGCAAAUAAGGAUGCUGCAUUGUUUUGGGGUCAGCAACCAUUAACUGCUAGGGAGUAUGCUGCAAGCACUAUAAUUCCAGCAUGUGCUGCUGUUGUUGAGACUUCAAAUAGUGCAAAAGAUCUUAUUGAGAAGGAAGUGUCGACCUUUUGUCGGUGUCCUGAUAAUAGCCUCUACAUGCUUCCUUCUUCCCCACAGGCACUGCUAGAAGCCAUGGGGGCCAGUGGAUCAUCAGGGCAGGAAGCAGUUGCAAAUGCAGAAAUGAAUGCAGCGAUUUUAACAGCAAGAGCAGGUGCUCGGGAUCCAUCAGCGAUUCCAUCAAUUUGCCGUGUUUCAGCCGCCCUUCAGUAUCCAGCUGGCCUGGAGGGUUCAGAUGCUGGUCUAGCAUCUGUGUUGGAGUCCCUGGAGUUCUGUCUGAAACUUCGUGGCUCUGAAGCUUGUGUGUUGGAAGAUUUAUUAAAGGCUAUUAAUCUUGUUCACAUUAGAAGGGAUCUUGUUCAAAGUGGUCAUGCUUUGUUAAACCAUGCUUAUUGUGUUCAACAGGAAUAUGAAAGGACAACAAAUUAUUCUCUGAGUUUGGCUGCAGAACAAGACAAGACUGUUAUGGAGAAAUGGUUGCCUGAACUUAAGGCUGGUGUUUUGAAUGCUCAGCAGAGCUUGGAAGCUUGUAAAUAUGUCAGGGGUUUGCUUGAUGAAUGGUGGGAGCAACCGGCAUCGACGGUUGUUGACUGGGUGACAGUGGAUGGGCAAAAUGUAGCUGCAUGGCAUAAUCACGUUAAGCAGCUUCUUGCAUUUUAUGAUAGAGGAGCAUCAUGAGUAACAUGAAUGAGCACCCUUAAGGCAUGAACUUUCUGAGGAUUCCCAUUUGUCUAAACACUUCCCACUUUGUUGUCACCAUUGAAGACUUAAUAUCCGCCAGCCUCAGCUUUGCAUGCCGUGACUGAGAAUACCGUUUCUGGUAAACUUACCUUGAGAUGGAAAUGGGACUGCUCUACGUUUCUUGAUUGACAAGAGACCACAGGCACAAGAACCUCACCCCUAACUUCCCUUGCCCAUUUUAUAUCUAGAAGUGUGAUUUUGGUUGGUUUUGGAGUUUAGGUGGUGGUUUUGAUUGUUCUUUUCACUGAAUGUGAUUAACAGCUAGUGGCAAAUGGCAAUGCAAUGUUUUAUUUAGAGGUUGUAAUUUAAUUUGUUUCUUUAGCUAAUUGAGGUUGAAGGCAUUUUCAGCUUCAUUUACUCUAUAUAUAGUUUAGGUGGUGUGUACAAUUUGGUAAUUUUCUAUUAUAUUUUAAUUUUGCUAAGAUGAUGUAAUAGGCUGAACUUUCGAACUUAAUCAAAGUGCUACAAGAUAAGCUCGUGAUGAA